AAUACGGAUCCUUGUCAUAAGAAUGUACAUGGCUUUCAUUACAGUUGUGAAGGCUGAAUGAUUUUAAGGGUAUUUGUUCUAGAUAAAACAUCAAAACAUCCAUCAACCCUAUGGUCCUCCACCUCCUUUUCCAGCACCUCGCUCGGUAGGCUCUGUUAGGUUACGUGGUGUUUGGUUAACAAACAACAGACUCGACAGGCCGUGGAGAACAAGGACUGCUUCGGACACAGGAACUGCAUGAUUGAUUGCCUUAUUGCAAUGUAACGCUGCUAGCGUUAACUAAAAAUAGGCCCAUUACACCCACAGACGCAAAACAGAUACGCCCCAGAAGCCUGUGGGUUCAGAGGGGGUUAAUUGCUCUAAGUGAUGGCUGAUUCAGAUACCUCAUCCUCAUCCGAACCUCCACUGCACUGUCCCCACACUCCUCUCUCCCUGUCUUUCCCCUUCCUGAGAGAGGGCAGUCGUGUUUGGGAGAGAAAACCACCACAGUCCGGGGAGCCACCAAGUCCACUUCCCACUCGCCGCAAUCGCACCUAUUCCGCUACUGUGAGGGCCAGGUCUGGACAGGUUUUCAAGGGAGUCUGCAAGAAUUUUUCCAGGUCCCAGGGACAUGGUUUUAUCCGCCCUUCUAACGGGGGAGAAGACAUUUUUGUUCACAUCUCAGACAUUGAGGGUGAAUAUGUACCAGUAGAAGGAGAUGAGGUGACCUACAAAGUGUGUCCUGUUCCUCCCAAGAACCUGAAGCUCCAGGCUGUAGAGGUGGUCAUCACCAGCCUUACACCGGGGACCAAGCAUGAGACCUGGUCUGGACAAAUAAUCAGCUCCUAGCUCAGAUUGGUAGUGCUGACAGUAUGAAGAACGGACAUUUGGGCUGGAAGGGUUCUGACAUAGGAGAGGGUGGAGGCAUGUGGAACAAAAGAUAACUAAAAGGGUUUAAAUAAACAUCUAAAAGAGAGCUAAUGAGGACAGUGACUUAAUGAGUUUGAAAUGUGUUAUAUCUAAGUAGGUUAUGGAUGGGAUGGGAACUGGUGUUGUGUAACUUGUGUUUUUUAGCUCGACAAAUGUGUGGUAAAAGCAACUUUUAAUGGGAGGAUUGCUUGGCAUUUACUGGAGUCAGUUUAGCAAGGUCAAAUGAAGUUUGAAAGGGCCACAACACACAAUGACUAAAAGUGUCCCUUAGGUUAUUAUUGUCUCCGUCUUUAUGGAUGUCAUUUAUUUCUGUAUUUAUUUUAUUUGUUUCAACAUAACAGAGAUUUUGGUAAUUACAUGCACUUAGAGUAACGCUUACAUUUCACACACUACUGGAUAACCAAAAUUUAAACAGGGGUCCAUAGAUGAAUAGUAAUAGUUAAAAGUAGUUUUGCAUAACCUAAAAUCUUGACAGUGGGAACCCAUUCUUUAUUAAGAACCCUGGAAACGAUCACAAACCUCAGACUUCUCACAAAGAGAUGCUUAUUUUUGACAUUAGUCUGUCAGACAUUGUCCUUGUGUCUGUGACUGCAUUUACAUGUACAGUAUUUGGCAGAUGUAAGUGUCCAAAGUGACUUACAUAUUUACUAUAUUUUACAUAUUUAGUAAGUAUAGAGGUGCUCCCAGGGAACUAAUAAUUUACAUUAUUAUACUGAUAGUAUGCAUUUUGAGAACUCAGAUUUGAAGAGCUUUGGUUCAGAAAUUCCUAUAACUGCUCAUUUCAAGGCAAAUUAAAAAAAAAACUUUAUAUGAUUUAACAGCUGAGGAGUCCACUUUAAAAUUACUUCACUCAUAAAAUACACAUCAGUACAAAAGAAAAACGUGCUUAUUAGAAAAUGAAAGGAAGGAUUUGUGCAACAUGGAAGAAAUUUAAAAAAUGUAAAAAAACAAAAAAAAACAACAACCUUUAAAAGAUCACAUACAGAGUUACAAGUGUGUGUGAUGUACAAUUUAAAAUGAGUAGAUAGAAAAAGAUUUGCAUCCUGAUCUAGGAAGCUGUAGAUUAAGCAUUAUAUUACUGUCAUUCCAAGUUUUUCCUUAAUAACUCGUUGGGGUUUAGUAGCAACAGAUUAGUUGCAUUAUGUUUAAUGCCCAAAGCCUGAGGGCAAACCUCAUGUUAGGGCUUCAAACUCCUUUAUUUCCUUGCUAGAGUGUGAGCAAUCUAAUGUGUCCACGCCAUUAAAUAACAGUUAAAAGGGUUCAAAGUGCAAUCUGUUUGCACUGAAAGUGAAAAACAAUAAAACAUGUUCACAUCAUCCUGAGUACUAUAAAUGUCACCAGUUUAUGUGAUCAUUUCAAUUCAAGAAAAGCAACCACUGCCCGCUGGAUAGUAUUAUACAACUGCUAUAAUUUACUUCUGUCAGUGUUAGUGCUAAAACAUGUCCACAAAUAAAAUGAGUUAACCAGAUACACGUUGUCACCCAGUCCCAAAUCAGAUCUGAUAGUCCUUCCAAUGAGAGCUACUGCACACAAUGAUUCUCUUGACACUGGAGUAGCAAGCCAUGAAGCUUUAUUACACUUUAAACAAGACCGUGUGCUCUGGGAAACUAAAAAGCUCAUUGUCAUUGUGCUUCCCACUUCCCCUAACUCUUUUAAACAUUAAUCUGACAAACCGAAGGAAGCUUGUGUGCAGUGCACAUAUAUGGUGAUAGCUUGAUUCGAAGAAAAAAGAGACUAGAACAUUUUUGCAUGUUAGAAUGUUAGAAUUUUUACUCAGGAAGUACUCUUACUGAUAGAUCCCGUCGACCAGAAUAUCCUGUACGUCUCAUGUUUGUGAUUCUAAUGUAUAAUAAACUGAUUCC